UGAGGAGCAAGUUUCUGCCACGGGAGCAGCGACCCCAGACUCCCUGGCCUUAGCUCUGCUGACUUGGCAAGAGACAUUAAGAGCUGUUUACUCAGUGGAAAGUUUAACACAAGGGGACACCAUGGCCCACCUGAGCUCCACCUUCCGAAUGGCUGCCUCCCUCCAGAUGCCAGCCACCGCCAGAAGCCUCUGCCGAAGGUGUUUCAGCAGCGCGACGGCCCAGACCACGGAGAAGAGCGUCCCCUACCACAAGACCCUGAAGGACGAAAGCUCCCAAGCCCAAGGGCCCACCAAGCCGCUCCCCAAGGUGGCUGACGUGGUGGUGGUGGGUGGAGGCAGCUUGGGUUGCCAGACCAUCUACCACCUAGCAAAGAUGGGGGUAGCCAAUGCAGUCUUGCUGGAAAGAGACCGUCUGACUUCAGGGACCACCUGGCACACGGCAGGUCUGUUGUGGCAGCUGCGCCCCAGCGACGUGGAAGUGGAGCUGCUGGCGCACACUCGCAACGUGGUUAGCCGGGACCUUGAGGAGGAGACAGGUCUGCACACAGGCUGGAUCCAAAACGGCGGGCUCUUCAUCGCCUCCAGCAAGCAGCGGCUGGACGAGUACAAGAGGCUCAUGUCUCUGGGCAAGGUGUAUGGCGUAGAGUCCUAUGUCCUGUCCCCCGCAGAAACGAAGGACCUGUAUCCGCUGAUGAAUGUGGAUGAUCUGUAUGGCACGCUCUACGUCCCUAAGGAUGGCACGGUGGAUCCUGCUGGUACCUGCACAACACUUACCAGGGCAGCAACUGCCAGAGGCGCUUUGGUAAUAGAGAAUUGCCCGGUGACCGGUAUCCAGGUCAGAACUGAUGACUUUGGUGUGCAGAGGGUCACUGCCGUGGAAACAAACUAUGGGACCAUCCAGACUCCCUGCGUGGUGAACUGUGCAGGUGUGUGGGCCCAGGCCCUAGGUCAGAUGGCUGGCGUCAGCGUGCCCCUGGUGGCAAUGCAUCAUGCGUAUGUGGUGACCGAGCGGAUAGAGGGCAUUCAGAAUAUGCCGAAUGUUCGAGAUCACGAUGCUUCAGUGUAUCUUCGUCUCCAAGGCGAUGCCCUCUCUGUGGGCGGAUACGAGUCAAAUCCAAUCUUCUGGGAGGAGGUAUCUGACAAAUUCGCCUUUGGCCUUUUUGAUCUGGACUGGGAUGUUUUCAUGCAGCAUAUUGAAGGUGCUAUAAACAGAGUCCCAGCGCUGGAGAAAACUGGAAUCAAGUCCACGGUCUGUGGACCAGAAUCCUUCACAGCCGACCAUAAGCCUCUCAUGGGGGAAGCGCCAGAAGUCCGGGGCUUUUUCCUCGGUUGUGGCUUCAACAGUGCAGGAAUGAUGCUCGGAGGUGGCUGCGGGAAGGAAUUAGCCCACUGGAUUAUUCACGGGCGUCCUGAAAAGGAUAUGUACAGCUAUGAUAUCAGGAGGUUUCACCACUCGCUCACCAACAACAACCGCUGGAUACGGGAGCGAAGCCACGAGUCGUACGCCAAGAACUACUCGGUCGUCUUCCCAUACGACGAGCCGCUGGCUGGGCGCAACAUGAGGAAAGACCCACUGCACGAGGAGCUGCUACAGCAAGGCUGCGUGUUCCAGGAGAGGCACGGCUGGGAGAGACCUGGCUGGUUCAACACGCGAGGAACAGCUCCCAUUUUGGAUUAUGACUAUUACGGUGCUUACGACCAAAAGCCUCAUGGAGCCUGUGUCUAUAACCAGCUGCUGGGGGAUGAAUACACCUUUGAUUUCCCACCUCAUCACAACACCAUCAAGAAGGAGUGCUUAACCUGCAGAAAUGCAGUGGCCGUCUUUGACAUGUCUUAUUUCGGCAAAUUCUACCUGGUGGGUCCAGAGGCGAGCAAGGCGGCCAACUGGCUGUUUACUGCUGAUGUUAGCAAGUCGCCAGGAUCAACCGUUUACACGUGCAUGUUGAACAAGCGUGGUGGUGUCGAGAGCGAUCUGACCGUCAGUCGAAUCAGUCCCGGGAGCCAGGCCUCCCUGGCUCCGGCUUUUGAAGGGGAUGGCUACUACCUGGCUGUUGGUGGGGCGGUCGCGCAGCACAACUGGUCACACAUCAUGACGGUGCUGCAGGACAUGAAGUUCAAGUGCAAGCUGCUGGACUGCUCGGAGGAGCUGGGAAUGAUCAGCAUCCAGGGCCCCUUGAGCCGCACGGUCCUUCAGGAGCUGCUGGACACAGAUCUGAGCAACGAGGCCUUCCCCUUCUCCUCUCACAAGCUGGCGAAGGCGGCUGGAUGCAUGGUUCGAGCCAUGAGGCUGUCGUUCGUGGGCGAGAUGGGGUGGGAGCUGCACGUGCCCAAGAGAGACUGCGUGCGAGUGUACCAGGCGGUGAUGAAGGCGGGUGCCCGGCACGGCAUCGCUAAUGCAGGAUACAGAGCCAUCGACUCCCUCAGCAUUGAGAAAGGGUAUCGGCACUGGCAUGCGGAUCUGCGUCCUGAUGACACCCCCCUGGAAGCAGGCCUGGCUUUCACUUGUAAACUCAAGUCUGGGAUCCACUUCCUUGGACGGGAAGCUCUGGAGGCACAGAAAGCAACGGGAGUCUCCCGACGCUUGGUCUGCUUCACCGUCGAAGAGAAGGUGCCUCUGUUUGGACUGGAGGCCAUCUGGAGGAACGGGCAAGUCGUUGGCCACAUCCGGAGGGCGGACUUUGGCUUUGCCAUCAACAAAACCAUUGCCUAUGGCUACAUCUGGAACGUGGACGGAGGGCCGGUCUCCCUGGACUAUGUGAAGGGCGGUGACUACAUGCUGGAGCGGAUGGGAGUCACCUACCCUGCCAGAGCUCACACCAAAUCUCCGUUUGAUCCAGAGAACAAGAGAGUGAAGGGGAUAUACUGAGAGACACCGAGCCAGCCCAUGGGCAGAAAAUGGACCAAGUAGCAGUGCUGGUGGAAGGGGGAGGGAGGGAGGGAUAGCAAUAGUGAAUUGUCCAGUAUCCUAAAGGCGAAGUCUCUGAGCUGCAGGGGUGGCUCAGUGGCCUGCCGAGGCCUCUCAUGGAGCAGGGACACAUUUUUUUCCAGCCAAGAGUAAAGUUGUCAAAAAAUGAAUUCUUGGUGCAACCAAAAUUCCUUUCAAGUUUGAGUCAAAAUCAGGGGAGGGGAGGAGAGAAAAUGAAAUUGGGAGCCUUCUAAGUGUUUCUUCUGUACAUCGCACUAAAGAAAACAUUUCACCUUUUC